AGUCGAGUGGUGGUAACCGCGGGGUGGGGUGGCGGAAGCGAGGCUGUCUUGUCAUGGAGUGACUGGUGUGCUGAGUGGUGAUACUUUGUGAAGCCGAUUGGUGGAUCUGCAUCUGAGGAAUCUGUUCAGGAAGAUGCUGAAGCACGUGCAGGUGCGCUCUAGUUCGUCGCUGCUGCGGCCCGGCGGCCAGAAGGCCGACACGCUCAGCAUCAACUCCAACAUGAGCUUCUGCUCGCUGCACGAGCCGGCACUGUCGUCUCGCUCGUCUUCGUACACGUCUCUGAACGAGACGCAGAGCAGCACGGGCAGCGCCAGCGUGCCCGCCGCACCGCCCACGACGACGGUGAAGGUGUACACCCGCUGUCUCCGCCCCGACCUCGAGUACAAGACGAUGAGCGUCAAAUACACGACCACCUGCCGAGACCUGGUGGACCAGCUGCUCAACAAGUACCGGAUGAAGCACCGCGACCCGAACCUCUUCUUCCUCACCAUGGAGGUCGCCACCAGGAGCACAGGGACCGCCGUGCGGACCAUCCUGGUUCUGGACGACGACUCGUGCCCCGCCCAGCUGCAGGCCUGCUACCCGAGAGCCGACUCCAAGUUUACAGUCCGGAUGCGGCACGGCGGUCUGGUGAAGGUGUACGACAGCGUUCUCAUGGCCGAGUCUCAGUACAAGAGUCUGCUGGUGUCGGACCGGACCUCGGUGGACCAGCUGGUGCAGCUGCUGCUCACCUGCUACAAGUCCAACGAGAGCGUCCACAACUACUCACUCUACGAGGUGUGCCGCACGACGAGUUUCGAGCGCAAGCUGCACGCCGACGACCGUCCGCUGGCCAUCCAGCAGGAGUGGUCCUCUCUGGCCGAGUACAGCUUCGUGCUGAUGAAGCGGCCGCCGGGCACGCCGCGGUCAGGACGAGACUUCCCGCUCAGGAGAUCGUUCUUGCAGUGGAGCCGGAACCGUGAGCUUGCCUCGUGGUCGGGCCGUGAGAUUUCCGUGAUAGAAGAACGCCGAUCCAAGAGCCACCGGAGCCCCUCGCUGUCGCUGGCACCGGCACGGAAGGAGGGAGAGAAGUCCUUUUACAUCUGAGGAGGGACCUUCAGUUACAACACCGCUAUACCAAAGAAUGUCCUAAUCGAUGCCUGCCCCGGGACUGCAGAUCUAAAUGGAACCAGCUGCUACAACAUCCUUUCCACGGUCCUCCACUUCCGCCGAACACGAUGGUGGCUUCAGACGACUGAAAUACAGCUGCAGUCACCAGCAACGAAGACAUCAAAUCGUUCCGCCUAAUCUUGUUUGCCAGACUUCCGCACAGGUCAUGAACUUCUCAAAGCUUCUCUGCUCUAUCUACCUGUAGCGGCAUUUCGAGAUAAUGCUCGAAGUUCCAAUGCUCUGAAGUGGUCAGUCUCCUUAGUGAUGCGUUGCUUCGCUCAAAAUGCUGGCAAACUCCCUCAAGUCCGUCUAGUGUCCGUAAGUGAGGAUGUUAACCCGCGCACCGACGGGGGGGCGGAUAUCCGCCCCCCCCCCCUGAGGUUUUUCGCGGAUAGCGGGAAAACCGCGGCGCGUAGCGCCGCGAAAUUUGGUAUGACUAUUCUCUCAUCAAUUUUACACAUGGUGUGCAAGUUUGAACCUCCUAACUUUUAAGGUCAGGUCACCAGGUCACUUUGAAUGACCCAACCUCAAGUCACUUUUUUGCAACUUUGUCACCGUGCCAGAGCUACAGUAGAUGUCGGAGGCCUUUGAAAGUCGCAGGAUGUUAUUAGGUCAUUAGUAGCUACAAUUUGUAUAUCUCGGAAUUUUGAUGUCGGUGACCUAAGGUCAGGUCAAUUUCGCGACCUCCCCAUUAUAAGUCAAUGGGGGAAAAAUCAACUCCCUGUUUUUACCACUAAAACGGGUCGGAAUGGCCCCAUAUACCAUACAUGACUUCACAUACGAUCAAGCUUCACUACCUUGAGGUCUGUUUUGCUGUUGGGCAGCUGUAAGGUCAUGUGACGUCAUCAAAGGUCACCAAAGGUUUUUUGCCAAUAACUCCUUACAGGAACAAGAUACAGCCGCGCGGAUGGUCUCAUUGUGUUCAGCUCGUCAAGACGCAUCGAAUGAUAUACAUGAUGACCUCGAGGUCACGUGACCUGAGGUCAACCUUUGACCUUGACCUUUCGAGGUCAACAUAUAUAUCAUUCGAUGUGGAUCGACGAGAGGAUCACGAUGAUGCCCUUAGUUUGUUCCUAUCUUGACUACUUCGAAAGUUAUUCGAGAAAAACCCUCUCCAUAUCUAGCGCCGCCAUUUUGACUUUUUCGACCCCUGUGACGUCAUCUUUGACCUGACCUGAAAAUGACCUUAGUAAAAAUUGUAGACCUUGUCCGUGCGUAUCCGAUGCCGUUUACCGCUUGUCGCUAUCUUGCUUCGUUCUCGAGAUCUCAGGGGGGGCGGUCAUCCGCCCCCCCCCCCCCCCCCGUCGGUACUAAGUUGGCGCAGACCCCCGUCGGUGCGCGGGUUAAAUAUAUUUUCGGUUGCAACUUGCAAGGAUCGCCUGUCUACCAUAAUUGUUUGCCUCGUGAACCGAGCUCUGCAUUGUUUCUGAGGAUCUGUUAUCGCCGUUUUGUGCCCUGUUGUUCAUGCUGAGAACGAGGAGAGUUGUGGCGACUGUGAGAUCCGAGUGUCAGUCGUUCUAAGAGUGAUGGGUCCCGUGUCGGACAGGUCAACUGGCUGAUAACGCGAGAGCGAGUGGAACCGUAUCUUUGUGGUUAUUCGGUCACAUGUCUGACAGGUCAGCUGGGGCUGGCUGAUAGCGCGAGAUCGAAUGGAACCGUACUCUGCUGGUGCUGACGCAUGCGCGGCGUCUGCUGGCGUCGGUCGGUCCAUGUAAUGUGUGACGAAUGGAUGGCAGUAAUGAGCGCGUUAGUGAUAUACUCGUAUUUGGGACGUGCCGACAUUUCUGGCUGAUAUUAUUGAUGAUGAUGUGUGCGUGGUGUCCUAAGUGAUGUGUCCUAUUUAUUGCCACAUUUUUAUCUAAGAGGCCUUGGCUUGUCUAGUCAUGAAUUUGGUUCAUUGUUAUUAGCUGUGCCGUUUCAAAUAUACUCACGCCAGUAUAUCGAUUAUAA